CACGCAGACAACAAUGAAAACUUGCACAACUUCCCAACCAGGCCAGUCAGAACGGGAGCCUCGUCUCUACCGCUCGUACGAAGAGCUUGAACGCUUGGCGGGAGGUGCCCGCCUCUCUCGAGAAAUCGAUCGACUGUUUUGGGAGUUCAAAGGCGCCUUUUCCUCGACAAUUUCCGUCAUGGCCAACCGCCGCGGUGCCAAAGGACACCUGGAACCCUUCUUCUUCUUCCAGGAACCGGCAGAUCGACGACCAGAAUGACCCCGAAAAUUGUAACGACCCCGAAAACACCAGCACCGGCACAUAC